GACGGAAUCCGUCGCCCAAGAGCGUGCGGACGUAUCUGCUUAUUCUCUUCCAUACUCCCCCUUACUCAAGUUACCGUAACUACCACCUCUUUUCGCUCCUGCUGUGAUUUGCCAGGCGAUUGUCUGAUCUUUUAUUAUUAUGUUUGUUUAUUUUUUUCGCACAGCAGAAUGCCAGUGAUUUUCAAGGAAGAAGGAAGAGUGCAAAUACAAUUAGGGGAAGGCAAAUCUGGUUCCUUUUUUUCUCCGGUUUGGGGCAUCAGCAUUGGCAACACGGUUUGGUGGGGUGCUCACAGCGAAUGAUUCGCAGAAGAAAAAAGGGGGUGAAGGGAACCUGAAAAGGAAGACAGCAACGUGCGCGCGUAAGGAAGAGCGAGAGAGAAAGCGUAUGAGUGCCUUCUCGACUGCCACUACCAUGAGAGAUCCGGUGGGAUGCGUUGUGAACGUUGACGGCAUGGAACAACGGAAAAGUGAAAAGCCUUUCCUCACGAAAGAGGAGGAGGCACCAUUUCAUUUUCCUUUUACAGUUCCAACUGACACUAUAAAGAAAAAAAAAGAGGAAGGUGGUUCGCACCCCCAUCGCUUUAGUGAUUCGACAUAAACAUCCUUUUUUGUUGUUGCUGUUGUUUUCUCCUAUCGUAGCGUUUUGACUUCUCCUUAGUUUUAGUUGGGUCUUUUCUUUCCGCACUCUCUCUCUCUCACGCGCGCUCUAACGUAAGAAGAGAACAUCGAACACGCACUUUCUCCGCCAACGAAUGUCCAGCGAGACACGGAAGCGCUUCCGAUCAUCUUUUGAUGUUGCUUCUUCGCCUGUCGAGUGUGGGUAAAGCUGCCGCUUCAGCUUAGUUCUUCUAUCGCAAAAAGACACGCAUCUGAUACCUCCUUUUUGUUUGUUGUGGAACUGGUGUGGAGUGAACUCUCCAGGUACCAAAAAAAGCAAAAAAAAAAAAAAGCAUGCCCCUCUUUUACCUGAAUUUAUUUGUAUUUCGUUCAGGCAGUCAAAUUAUUAUCUAGAAGUGUGGAGCGUCAUUAUUUCUCUUUUCUUUUUAAAGUUUUAUUAUUAUUAUUUUCUUAAUUGUUGUUGUUUUUCUUUUUCUCUAACUUCGCGCAUUCAAUCUGCGAUGCUCGCGUUGUUUUCUUCCAGCGUCACGCAGAUGAACGGCAUUCCAGCAGAAAAGAAAAAGACCGAUUGUUAUAUGAAUAUCUACACACACAUAUACAUAUAUAUAUAUAUCUUCCCACCUCACACCAUGGACAACAUAUCUCCAGAGGAAGAAAAGAAAAAGGGCAAGUGUGUCAUUUUCUGUUGUGUUUUCGGAGGCGCGCAUCUCUACGCACAGCGUCUCGUUGUGUAUGCUUCAUGGACUGUGUAAGAGAAGGAAAAGAAAAAGACCAAUGAAAGACUCUGUCAAAACGACGUAACGUAAGCAACCUGUUAAAUUGUUUUGUGCACCUCUAUUCGUCUUCCGUGCUAACCGUUGCGGAGGCGGUGCUGUUGGUGUUUUAUCGUUUACUUAUUGCCUGCUCGUUCUUUGUUGAACGCUCUCCUCGCUAGAUGCUGAGGAGAGCCGGGUCGAACGCGCGUGGAGUGGAGCGGCCUUCAUCUGCUGCGCAGCCACGGAUACACAGGAGACUAGCAGGCCAGACGCAACACCUCCUUCGUUCUUUUUUUUCUUCUCCAUUACCCUUCCUUUGCUGCAUUCAUGUCUUUUUGUUUGAUACCUUCACGUCUCUCCUAUAAAGCGCACGCCAGUCGUGUGUGUCCACUCACGACCGGCACCACCUUCCUUUAUUGUGUGGGGCGACGUCUACGCAGACAGCGACUUCCUGCACUGCUCUCGUUUGCUUAUUUGUUUUGCACGUACAUAGAUAACAAUAGAUCUUUUAUAAAUUCUUUUCCCCAAAAUUUUAGCACUCUGGCAAUCAAGUUCUCUCUCGCUCUCUUGCACACUAGAUACCACCAUGUCCGACGCGUACGGUUACAGCUACAGCUACACCGGCUCCUACACGGGCGACGACUACUCGUACAGUUACUCCGACUCCGCCACGGAGGAAAAGGCAAAGGCGCACCCUCAGCCCUCUGCAGCGGCGCGGAAGGCAAAGGAUGACGACACCGGCAGCUACGAAUACAGCUACAGCUACUCGUACACCGACCCCUCCUCGCCGCCGCGAACCAACGCUCCGGGUAAAGGGGCGGCUAGCAACACGAACAAGGUAACUGCGGCGGCUGUAGGUAAUGGAAAGAACGGCGGCGCCGGCGAUGAUUACUCGUACAGUUACUCCUACUCGGACCACUACGACGACUACAGCUACAGUGACACGGACAGUCAGGCACAGCCGAUGCGACGACAGGGGCCGACGCCGACCCCGGCAGAAGCGGCGGUACGGGAAAAAGGCUCCCUGCCUAUCCCCUCCCCCCAGCCACGGCCUCCACGUCAACUCACUUCCAAAGCUCCCGCUGCCGCAAACGGAGGCACGGGAUCCUACUCGUACUCGUACUCCUACACAGACGACGUGGGUCAGCGCUCGAAGCGGCCGGCGGGCCCGGCAGGGGCGGAUGACGGCUCCUCCUACUACUACUCGGACGACUACGGCUCCUCUCCUUACUCCUACUCCGACGACGGGUCCUACUACACCGACUCGUACUCCUACACGGGGGACAGCAGCUACUACUACUCCUCGUCUGCCACCAAUGCGUCGCGUGGUGGCGGUCGUGUGGCGGCUGCGCACAAGGCAAAGAAGGACGCUGACAAAGACGAGGAUUCCUCUUCUUACUACUACAGUGACUCGUACGACUACUCCUACACGGGAUCGUACAAGUACAGCAGCAGCGACUCCUACUACUCUGGCAGCACUUACUACUACACGGAGGACUCCUAUUACUACUCCGACUCCUACGAAGACUCCGACUACUACUACUACUCCUCCAGCUCCGCGCCGGGGUCCUCGUCGUCCUACUACGGCGAGGAUGAGGAGAACUACGACUACAGCAACUAUUCCUACUCCUACACGGACAGCGCACGCAGCAAGUCAGCGUCGUCCACGACGUCGUCGUACGGCUACACGAGCUCCCACCCAUCUGUCAUGAGCCUGACGGGGGAGGAGACGGAGCAGCGCGAGACGUUGGUGCUGCGGGCACCGGCAAAGGACACCCCGCACGUCCCCGCAGCUCCGCGGCGGUGCUUCGUUACCCCAAAGUCGGUCGAAGACGCCGUGUGGGCAUUUCUGCAGCGGCUGAUGCGCCUCCAGCAGGCAUAUGAGGCACGCCGGGCGGCCGCCGCGACGAGCGUAGUGCCAGCGAGCAGCACAGAGAAGGUUGACAAAAAGAACAAGAAAGACAAGAAGAAGGGUAACGACAAAAAGAAGGCGGAGAAGAAGAUGGAGGAGGAGGCGAAUGCUGCCACCGCAGGAAACGUGCCGGACGCCGACGAGGAGACUGUCGACCCCGUCGGCACGCCCUUCAUUCCAACCAAAGACGGCUGUUUCAGUGAGCGCUCGCUCCGCAUUGCCUUCCAGGUUCUGCGCUUCAACCACCUCGAGCGCAUCGAGGCCCUCAAGAACGCACCGGUGCCGGUGCCGAUGGAGACGAUGUACGACAUCUACGGCACCUGCGUCGCGGCCCGUGCGAAGGAGCGGGUGGCGCAGGCUUUCCUCGCCCACGACACCUACCGCAGCGGUGAAGUCUCCCUCUCCGUGAUGGGCGGACUGCUGCGUCGCUUAGGCCUCGGCACGAGUCCGAUCAUGCAGGGCUUCCGCAUUAGCCUCGCCGUCUCGUCCGACACCGUGCCGGAGAUGGUGAUGAAUGUGGAGCAGCUCGUACAGGCGCCUGCGCCGGUCAGCGCCGCAGCAGACAACCAAGACAGCCAGGAUAGCCAACAACAAGAAAAUGCAGAUCCCUCCGCGGCGAUGCCGCCAGCAAAGAUGUCGAUGCAGUGGGAAGUGACGCCGGUGUACGUGUCCCGCAUUGUGCGCAAGAACGCCGCGGCGAAGAAGUCCACGCCGGUGCAGUGGACGCAUAACACGAUUUACAUGGGCCGACACGUCAUCGUCCGCAACGUCACGAGCGAGACGCUUUUCGAACGUCUCAAGACGCACAUCGAGGCGGUCACCUACCUCUGCGUCGUGGCGAACAUCUUCACCAUCCACGACGCGGACCGCAGCACGGUGACGGUGACGUACCCGCAGUUGGUCCGCAGUGUGUUGCUGGCCGAGCCGCCGGUGGGUCACCGCGCCGGCCCCGCACCAGCAGCCGCGAUGAAGCUGUUGGCGAUUGAGAAUUUGUACCGCUCCGUCUUUCACCCGAUGGAAGUGCUGCAUUCCUUCGAGGCCGGCCGCGGCUUCCCUCGCUACCUUCAUGACUGGGCGGUGGAGUCGACACUGCACUCCACCAACGACACGGAGGAGAAGCGGCGGCGCAACGUCGUGCCCGGCAUCACGUCGGACAGCGUGCGUUUUGUUCCGGCGCCGCCCACCCGCCCUCCCACCGAGAUGCAGCUUUCCUUUCUGCUGCAGAAGGUGCGCGUCCCGGGUCGGCCGCCCGCCAGUGCACGCUGCUUCUGCCUAGUCAGCGCCAUCACCCCCGCCAACGUAUUUCUCCCCGCGAUUGAAGUUCCCGUGCGGGACGUCGUGAAGUCGAGCAAAGACCCCGGCGGGUACACGUGGGUGUUCCAUAGCAAAAAGCACCCCAAGAAGGACGCCAUUCUGCGCUUUGCGGGCCCGGCAGUGGAUCGCAUUUACGUGGAGUGCUGCUACGAGACGAGGGACCCGCCCUUGACGGCGGCGGAGGAAGACGGGGCAGACGCGCACGCAACCGGCAGCACGACGUUGGCGGACACGGAUGUCGCCACGGUUUGGUGCGCCGGGUACGCUGUCUUCGGGGUGGAGGGGGCGAAGACGACCGCGCUGCCCGUGUCGGUGGGAAGUCUCCUGCAGGGGGUACACGGGGAACCGCCGUCGGCCACCCCGCCGGAGGGCGCCGCUGGUACGCCGCGCAAAUCGUCCGGUGUGUUCGCCCGCUUUGUAUCGAGCCUCUGCACGGGCAGGCGAAAGAUCGCGGCGGCGACGGCCUCGAACAUCAAGGUGGAGAUCGUGAAGAGCAAGGAGCCCGUUGCUGGAGUGGAGAAGCUGCCGGGGCGCUUUAUCGCGUACCAGCGGCACGUCCCGAUGAUCGCGCAGCUGCGCACGGCGGUGGAAGUGGUCGGUGCGGAAGCGACCUAUGCGCUGCAGGCCCUGCGCCAGCAGGCUGUGCGCUACAUCUUCGCCGUCGCCGCCGACGCCGCGCUGUUGGAUCAGCUGUGUGCACUGUGGGCACACCGCACGAAGCACUGGACCAAGGCGGAGCGCAAAGAUGAGAAGGAGCAACACGCGCAGCUCCUCAACUGCGUGGCGGCCCUCUACGCGUUGCACAACUGCUGCGCCGGCAGCACGCACCUGUUUGCGCAGGCCCUCGUGAAGGAGAAGGCACUGCAGAUGUCGGUGGAUGCCUCCGCUCCGCUGCUGCCGGUGCGUGUGUGA